UAUUUUAUUGUUUCCCUUCUACGUGGUGACUUUACCGAAAGAACCAAGAAUAUAACUGUAAAGGAGUUUUACCAUUCCAGUGUCUCAUCAGCAGUGAGGCUUGAACUGACAGAUUAUUUGAAGUUUGACUUAAAAAUGGAUAAUACAUAAUAAUGAACGUCAUUGUGGGGGAUAUACGUAACGAACUAAAUGAGCAUAAACUUGCCUCCAUUAUAAGAAGUUAUUUAACAAUAUUUAAAUGCAAAAGUUGGAGGUGCGUCUUGCAUUCGGGUAUUUGACCUGGAACCUAGCUCUGCAAGUUACAUAUCCGCUCAGCGGUCAAUCUAUUUGUUACUCAGCAUGUGUUCCACUCAGUCUAUAUGUCACUAGUCUAAGAGCCAGAGCCAGUUCAUCUACGUGCCACUCGCUCUGACACCCAUUUUAAUGAGGAGGCGAUGGACUCGCACAACUUGGCCAAGCGCAAGGAGGUGCGCAAAAGUCUUCGUGUCAAGGUCAUCAGCAUGGGUAACCCGGAGGUCGGCAAGAGCUGCCUGAUCAAGAGAUACUGUGAAAAGCGCUUUGUGCACAAGUACAUGGCCACCAUCGGCAUCGACUACGGAGUCACGAAGGUCCACGUUCGAGACCGUGAAGUGAAGGUGAACAUCUUCGACAUGGCUGGACACCCAUUUUUCUACGAAGUGCGUAAUGAGUUCUACAAGGACACGCAAGGUGCACUGCUGGUAUUUGACGUGGGCUCGCGCGACAGCUUUGACGCACUGGACGGGUGGCUCGCCGAGAUGCGGCACGAGAUGGGGCCGCAUGGCUCGCCCGACGACGUGCUGGUGGUGGUGUGUGCCAACAAGGUGGAGACAGGGCGGAGGAGGGUGGUGGAUGACAGUGAGGGGAGGCUCUGGGCGGAAAGCCGUGGGUUCCUCUACUUUGAAACGUCGGCGCAGACUGGAGAAGGCGUCGGAGAAAUGUUUCAGACGCUGUUUGCGGCGAUCGUGGAGCUGUGCGACAACGGCGGGCGGCGGCCGACCCCAGCGGUCACCGUGGGCUUCACCAAGGAGCAGGCUGACGCCAUCCGCAGGAUCCGCAACAGCCGCGAUUGCUGGGAGAUGCUGGGGCUGAAACCCGGGGCAAACAGGGAUGAGAUUAACAAGGCAUACCGCAAGCUCGCCGUGUUGCUGCACCCGGACAAGAGCGUGGCGCCCGGCUCGGAGGACGCGUUCAAGGCCAUCGUGAACGCACGCACCGUGCUGCUCCGCAGCUCCGACUGACACCGCCACCGCUGCGGCACCCGCCGUCUCAACGGCGCCAGCAGUGACAGCACCAGAAGUGAUACAGAUGUGACGAGACAGGGUGCUAGCGGAUGAAGCGGGGUACCUGGCACUGAGGUGUGCGGCAAGCCGGCGCAAGCGAUAUCUGGAGAAGGGAGAUGGUUGUUGGCGAUCGGUUGCUUUGGUUGCACCAAGAAGUUUCACUGCUGUACGAGUGGAUGUGAGUGCAUGUGAGUACCUGUAUGUUAGUACUUGUUUAAGAAAUGCGAGUACCUUUGUGUGAGCGUGCAUGUGUGAAUGAGUGCUUUAUGAACGCAUGCGAGUACGUGUGCGAGUAUGUAUUUUGAACUUCUUUCGCACCGUAAAUAGCCGACCAUGCUAAUAAGAGGUGCGGUGUUGUUAAUGUGCUGAGUGGUUGUUAAUGUGCUGAGUGGAUGUUAGUACGUGUGAUAAUGCGUGGAUGUUAGUGUGUGUGUGGGAGAGCUUAUGAGUGGAUGCAAGCAACUGUUCGUCCAUGUGGACACGCACGUGGUAGAGAAUGAUUUUGGUUGUGCCUGAUUUGUGAGCGUGUUUGCAUGCGAUCACUUGCAAUCAUAAGCGAUACCACUUGGGGACAGUGGGGAGCUAUCGUUCGUCCUUAGAAAAGCAAUAAGAGUUGGACAGGGGAGUGAACCAAAUAACCGUUUAACGGUAAAGUUUCAAUAUAACUAUGACGACGUAUUUUUACUGUUAAAAUAAACCUGUUAGUACAUUUAACAAUGAAUGUACACAAUCAUGUUUAAGUAAAAAAGUGUAGGUGAAUAGGCACUGUAGCUGAGGGGAAGGGACAUUAUGGGUCAGUAAGUGGUUAGGGUUGUGAUUUAUGUUUAUUUUCAGUUAAACAUAAAAAAUGUAUACUUAACAAUGAGUAUUACAAAUUAAAAGUAGCUUUAACUGUUAAAAUAAAUCACACUGUAUCCUUAAUCUGGUAAUCGUAACCCAUGACCUUGACGUGUCAAGCAAGGCCACCUUUGGGGGAGGGUGGUGGAGGCUGCGGUGUCUUGAUGUUACUGAGAUAUGCAUGACAUCACUUUGUUACCACAAGGUACCAUGUGAUCCCAUUAUAUCACCUGACAGUGAAUGCAUGUUGACGUGAUUGCACGUGAUCUCAUAGCACUCGGUUCCUCCUCUAGCUCUUCCACGGAGUUAAAAACAACAACAAAACCCUGUUCACUGAACACAGUCCGAGGCCAAAUUCCUACUGCUCAAGGCCUGUAAGGGAUCAUGGAAUUCCAAAGCCAAUCGUAUAGACUUGUUUGAGGGUUAUUAUUUAAUGUUUAUAGCUCCAGAGGUUUAGUUUUUUAACUUGUAAUCACUUUUUUUUUAAUCACUGGAAAUGCACGCCUUGCUAAUCUGAUUUUAAAUGUGUGCCUUACACAUGCAUGCACAGACAUACUGUACAAAUGUAUAACGUAUGUAUGUGCAUAUUUGUCUUUGUGCAUGUUUGUGCGUGUACCUGCAUGUGUACGUAUCAAUAGCUAUUUGUGCGCACACAUACAUUGCAUGUAAUUGUGUGCAAACCUUCUACUUGCUUGCAAGUGCACAUACACAUUUGCGUGUGUACGUAUUUGUGUGUAUGUGCGUACAUGUGCAACGUGCACCAAAAACAUUCACAACUCCGGUAUUCGAGUGUAAAGCAAAUGUGUGGGCUGGCCAUCUUGUUAGGAUUUGUGUAAUCAUAACGGUGCUAUAUUUGUAGACAAAACAAAAAGUCGAACAGGCAUUAAUCAGUUAUGAAGAAAAAAACAACUGUUAAUAUUAAUAGAACAUUUAGAAUUUGGCGUGUUAUAUACUUAUGUACUUGUUAAUGAAUAUAGCUUAUUUGAUCACGUUUUAUGAAGGAAGCCUAUGCACAGCGGGUGAUAGAGGCACUGGCGAUCCUGCAUUGAGUAGCAGUGUGUGAAUAAGGGACUGGGAUUUUUCUGACGAAAAUGUAAAACUCUGUCAUCACUAGAAACAUCUCAACACACAGGCUUGAGUGUGUUUGAGGCGGUAGCCGGGAAGGAAAUUAUGGAUACAGGGACUUUGUACGGUGGAGUGGAUGGGGUGUGUGCAUCUCGGUUAAUAAUCCCCUUCCAUCGGCAGUGCCUCACUCCGUGGCUUUAAAGUCGAUGAAGUAGAAAUCAAUUUUUAAGAAGGGAAGGAAUUGGUAUCACAUUUACUGUUGAGGUGUUACUGUGGUUUUAUUGAACCGGCCUUGAAAUCAAUGUUGACUUCAGUUAAUCAUCAAUCGUUACCCGGUUGUGCAGAUAGGAGUUCAGUAGCAUGGCAACAGCAUCCAAAAUAUUACCUUUAUUAAGGAAAGCUUUAUCAGGAAGUUGGGAUGUGUCUCCAAUUCUAGAUAUAACACUAACAUUCAACAGACUAAAUAAACCAUUGAGAAACAUCUUUACCAGGAAGGAGUAAUGAAAAACGUGACUCAACAGACAAGGGUCUGUGUUUCAGCACACUAACAUAUGAUUCAGGUUCCUCAGCCUCCGUGUUUCUUAACAUGUUUUUCAGCAGCAUUUAAAUAGGCGAACUAUGGACUAUUUUUUUACUUCUCGUUUAAUUUUUCCGAGUCUCAUUAGCAAGACAUGGUUUGUUUAAUGCUGCUGAGUUGCCUAAUGUUAAACGCAAGAACUCUUCCCAAACACUAUGGCCGUAGAGAAUAUGUAGUUCUUCAGGAAAUGGUCUGCCAGGGACGAAGAUGGUGGUAAUGCCAGAGGAUGGCGUGUGAUGUCUCCAAAAAGGCCGUGAUACACUUGAGAAGCUUAGGGCAAUCGUCAACAGAAACAAAUUCACUCUAAGAAACCGUGGCAACUUGGUACCACAAAGACAAUGUGACAAGUCAUGACUGACCAAUGAACACGGUUACCAAGUAUCCUUGAUGGUUUACAGAUUAUGCCACCUUGGUGAGUUUUUUGACAUGUGCUCUGAUGGGAAGUUGCAAUGCCAAUUGCUCACUCGACGAGCAGUGAUCACAAUUGCCCAGAUCUGGUAAAAUAUUGCGAUCGAUGAUACAGCAACCUUUGCCAGUGAUGCCAGCAACGAUUGCCCUGAAAUUGCCCAGGUUGUCAUUGCUUUAACAGAUCUCUCAUGCAUAUGCCAGGCAGCGUUCCAUCUUGUGCUGCUUUCAAAUGACGUUUUACUACGUGACCGCUAUCGGAGCAAGACAGCCCACACUCGCAGUGGGGGCAUGAAAUCUGGUCUCAAGACUGGCUGGUAGAGCGGAAGCACAGCA